AUGCAGCCUCAACUACUGCAACAAAAGCCUCUGUUCUUCUUCUUCUUCUUAUUGAGCUUCAUAAUCUGGCCAUGGUGGACUCUUGACGGCGUCGUUUCGGACCCUCAGACGAAUCUAGUGCGACUAUGGUGUGACCCCCAAGACGGCGACAACGAUGGGUCCAUCAUGAAGGAGAUCCUUAAAGUGACGUUUGGAGAUCUGAGAGCUCAGAUCCAAAACCAAAACAAACACUUCGCCAGAGCUCAAUCAGUGAAUGCUAACAUCCCCGUUUAUGGCCUUUUUCAGUGCAGAAACUACCUCUCCCUCGCCGAUUGCCUCGCUUGCUUUGACGUCGCCGCCGUAAACAUCCACAACUGCUCCGCCAGGGCAUACGCUGCCCGUCUUGUGUACGACGGCUGCUUCCUCAGGUAUGAGAGCAGUCAAAGCUUCGACUGGGCCACCGAUAGUUGGAACAACGUAGUAUGUGGGAAUCAGACAAUAAAAGAUUCUCCGGCUCUUUCUUCAACUGUGCAACAAGUGCUAAGGAAUCUAGGCAUAGCAACCCCAAGAAUCCCUGGUUCCUAUGUGGCCACUAAGACGCCUGUCCCUAACAGUAAUGAUCUGAAUAUUUAUGGCUUGGCUCAAUGUGUUGACACUGUCCCACAAAAGGGGUGCCAGACUUGUAUUAACAUUGCUUUAAGACACUUUCAGAAUUGCCUCACCAACACAGAUGCUAAGAGUUACGAUAUUGGCUGUUUCGUGAGAUAUUCCACCACUGCCUUCUUUGCUCUUAAUCAAACAAUUGAUAUUAACCCCUUCUUGAAACAAGAUCACCGAAAAGCCAAAAGAGAGUUCCCAGAGGAGAUAUCACUGGAAUUAGCAUGUUGA